GCUCAAAAUCUUCAUCUUGGAGACCUAUCUGAUAUUAAUUUCAGACAAAGACCUCACUUAGCUCUAAGAAUGGGAUUUGAAAGGGAGUUUGAUCUAACGGUAGACCCAACAAAAGGUGAAAUCAACGCGACACCACCACCAAGGAAGAAUUUGUGUCUCAGUAUAGUGGAACCUAAUGCCAAAGAUGAAACAACUUCUCAAGAACUGGACAAGAUUCUGACUCAAUAUUUAGAGACAUUGUCCCAGCGGAAAGAAUACCAUAUAGGUUUUCCGGUUAACAUCUGUUAUGAGCAUCAUGCCACUUUAGCUCCACUUUUGCAAUUCCACUUGAACAAUUGCGGAGACCCCUUCACUCAGAACACUGUCGAUUUCCACUCCAAAGAUUUUGAAGUGGCUGUUUUGGAUUGGUUUGCGCAACUAUGGGAAAUAGAGAAGGAUGAGUAUUGGGGAUACAUUAUCAACGGUGGCACUGAGGGCAAUCUCCAUGGCCUUUUGGUUGGAAGAGAGAUACUUCCCAAUGGGAUAAUAUAUGCAUCAAAGGAUUCACAUUACUCAAUCUUCAAAGCAGCAAGAAUGUACAGAAUGGAGAUAGAAACUAUCAACACAUUAGUUAAUGGGGAGAUUGAUUAUGCAGAUUUGAGAUCAAAGUUACUUCUCAACAAGAACAAACCAGCUAUCAUCAAUAUCAAUAUUGGAACUACCUUCAAAGGAGCCAUUGAUGAUCUUGAUAUGGUCCUACAAAUACUUGAAAGUUGUGGAUAUUCCAAUGAUAGGUAUUACAUUCAUUGUGACGCUGCACUAUAUGGGCUAAUGGUCCCAUUUAUCCAACAUGCGAAAAUAAUUACCUUCCAGAAGCCAAUAGGCAGUGUUUCAAUUUCAGGCCACAAGUUUUUGGGAUGUCCCAUGCCUUGCGGUGUUCAAAUAACGAGGAAAAAUUACAUUAGUACUCUCUCAAGAAAAGUUGAGUAUAUUGCCUCAGUAGAUGCUACAAUUUCUGGAAGUCGAAAUGGUUUAGCACCGAUAUUCUUAUGGUACAGUUUAAGCACGAAAGGCCAUGCCGGAUUGCAAAAAGAUGCCAAAAUGUGCACCGAAAAUGCCCGAUAUUUGAAAGGCCGACUUCAUAAAGCAGGAAUUAGCUCUAUGCUCAAUGAGUUUAGCAUUAUUGUUGUCUUUGAAAGACCUGCUGACCAUAAGUUCAUUCGUCAUUGGCAACUUUCUUGCACAGGCGAUAUGGCACAUGUUGUGGUUAUGCCCGGCAUUACAAGAGAAACUAUAGACAGUUUCUUAAAGGAUCUAAUCCAAGAGAUGAAAAAGUGGUACCAGGAUGGAACAACUCUGCCACCUUGCCUGGCAGAUGAUAUAGGUUCCGAAAAUUGUCUUUGCUCCUAUCAAAAGAUGCAUUGAAUAUUGUUGGAGCCAAGACUUGGAAAUGGUCUUGGUUAAGUAUUUUUUAUUUUUCUUUUUGAUUCUUCAUUCAGUGUCUGGUAUUUGCAUUGAGGUCCAACUAAUAAAUUCGAAUUCA